CUGGAGCCUAGAGCGCUGGCCAGCCGAGCCCGAGCGCCCGCGGGGGAAGAGCGUCGCGGGCGGCCUAGAGGAGGUGAACGUGAGGUGAGGCUAGGCGGGCGGAGGUGGACGUGAGGCGAAGUGAGACGAGGGUGUGCGGGGCCCCGCCGGAGGAUGUGCGGCCGAACCUCCUGUCACCUGCCCAGAGAUGUGCUCGCGAGAGCGUGUGCCUAUCGGGACCGGCAGGGCCGGGAGCGGCUCCCCGAGUGGAAGGACCCCGACAAGUACUGCCCCUCUUACAACACGAGCCCUCAGUCGAACAGCCCCGUGCUCUUGUCACGUCUGCACUUUGAGAAGGGUGCAGACCCAUCUGAGCGUAUCAUUGCUCCCAUGCGAUGGGGCUUGGUCCCAUCUUGGUUCAAAGAGGAUGAUCCUUCCAAACUUCAGUUCAACACUACCAACUGUCGUAGUGAUACCAUAAUGGAGAAACGGUCCUUCAAGGUCCCUCUUGGAAAGGGAAGACGCUGUGUCGUCUUAGCAGAUGGAUUCUACGAGUGGCAGAGACGUCUGGGAACAAGCCAAAAGCAGCCGUACUUCAUCUAUUUCCCCCAAGCCAAAACAGAAGAGUCAGGUAGCACUGAUGUUGUAGAGAGUCCUGAGCACUGGAAGAAAGUCUGGGACAACUGGAGGCUGCUGACAAUGGCGGGGAUCUUUGACUGCUGGGAGCCCCCAGAAGGAGGAGACCUCCUGUAUUCCUACACCAUCAUCACAGUAGAUUCCUGCAAAAGCUUGAAUGACAUUCACCCUAGGAUGCCUGCCAUAUUAGAUGGAGAGGAGGAAGUCUCUAAAUGGCUUGACUUUGGUGAGGUCUCAACUCAGGAAGCUCUGAAGUUAAUCCACCCCACAGAGAAUAUCACCUUCCAUGCAGUCUCCUCCGUGGUGAACGACUCCGGGAACAACACUCCUGAAUGUGUGACUCCUAUCAGCCUACUGGUCAAAAAGGAGCCCAAGGCAAGUCGUAGUAGCCAGAAGAUGAUGCAAUGGCUGGCCACAAAGUCACCCAAAAAGGAAGACCCCAAAACACCCCAAAAGACAGAGUCAGAUGUGCCCCAGUGGUCCAACCAGUUCCUGCAGAAGAGCCCACUCCCCACCAAGAGAGGUGCCACAGGACUCUUGGAGCGAUGGCUGAAGCAGGAGGAGCCCGUGGCCAAGCGGCUGCACAACCAGUAACAGGACUUUCAGAGACUACUGCCACGAUUUGCUGCAUUAAAUAUUGUUGCUGGUGA